GCCGCCUCGGAUUUCUACAGCCGACCGGCAUCAAGUCGCUGGAUGCGGACACGUUUCGACUGCAAUGUUUUCACACCGCCACCGGUAUGAAGAUCUUUUGCGUCCUUCUUCCGCCAUACAUCGAAGUCGAUUCCUUGCUUCGGCAGGUUUACGGCCUGUACAGUGACUACGUGCUCAAAAACCCUUUCUACGAGUUGGACAUGCCUAUUCGCUUUGAGCUCUUCGAACGGGAGGUUCAGCGAGCUCUGGCCGACUUCCAGAGGUGA